AUGUCGCGUGCUGCACCCCAGUCGCUAGACGUCCUUCGCACUAGCCCGGUAAGGGGGCAGUUAGAACCGUAUGACCCGCGCACUCCAAAGGGCUGUCGAUAUAUCCAAACCACAGAUACCCCAGAUGAACUCAAGAUGCUACUACCCCCUGCUACUGCGUCCAUGUACGAACAACUUUUAAACCUUGAAAAUUACGAGCUUUCCAAGAAACCAAACAUUUCUUGGGAGCGCAUCAUGGAAAUUCGCCAUCUGAAGGACCGUAUGUGCCGGAAAUGCCAAAAACUGGCCAAGACAGCAAUGCCUAUUGCAAGGACAUCCUCCCGUGGGGACUCAUUUGUUUUCCAGACAUUUGUUGCUCCUCCAGACUUCCGUGUAAAAGAAAUGGAAAAGUGGUUUAGAGAGCAACAAAAACGUGGUACAGUAACCAGUACGCCUCGGAAAACUAUUGCGCCGAAUGCUUCCGGCACACAAGAUUACUCUUUGGCAGGUCCAUCUAGCAGUCGUCCAGUGCCCCCACCAUCUUCAAGGCAGCCAAUGCAAAGGUCUAUAACCAUUCCAGAAACAUCAAACCAGGUCAAGCAGACAUUGUUUCACAAGCCAUUGCCUGUACAACCUUCACGUCUGGUUCAGUCUGAAAUAAGGCACUCCACGACGGCUCCUCCACCACCUGAUCUUGCUGGCCUUCUUUCUCCGCCUCCGCUCCCUGUACUCUUACUCUCUCAACGUGAGAGCUAUGGCCUCGAAGGCGAUGGUUUCCAAUCUGAACUCCCUUUACCCGCUCCUCCCGUGGAAGUGGAAACUGGACCAUCUCCAACUCCUCCCGAACCUACUCUUCGUCCUUCUCUGUCUCGAAAAAACAGCAGGCGCAACAGCCUUCUUGAAUUGAAAACCGUUUCCUGGGCAGACAACAACGAGAUAGACAAACAAUUGUCGAAAUACGCGGCUGCCGCUCGCGAAGCUCAAGCAUCCGGCAAAUGGGACGAAGUUCGCGUUCUAUAUUUAGAACAGAUCGGCGGUCUCGAAAGUCUUCAUUUACAGGUCAAAGAAGGUUUGGAACAACUCCGCUCAGAGACGGAUCAUCUGCAACGCAUUGAUGAGACAAUACGAAAGCAACGUGGCGCCUUAGAUGCGACUUUCCAAGAAUUGGAAAAGAAGCAAGCAUUAUUCCAGGAGAAAGUGCAAGAAGCGCUAAGUGAAGCAAACGAUGCACUCUCACGACAAGGAUUAAAGAGAGACUUGACACCCAUUAACGAAUCUUAA